CUUCACAGCGCCUGCGUGUCAGCUGUGCUACUGCAAUGGCGGGGAAGUUGGGGCUUAAUGAUUAAACUUCGCUAUUUCAAAUGCUUCCCUAAUAGCUUCACCGAGUCUGAAUUAAGGUCCACGUAGGUGCAGUUGAGAGGGGAGAGGAUCCUGGACUGAAAUUCGAAGCUUUCGGCACUCUAUUAUGGGUUUAACUCGGAUGUUCCUCCGCGUGGGAGGCUGUUUACAAUCCCUGUCGAGAUGUCAGACACAGAAACUACCGCCUCUGGGCUCGGGACGCAUUCGAACUCCGGGUGAAGCCAAACGGUGGCAGCACACAGCUCCCCAGUCUACUAGCUGUAACUGGCAGCUUCGAGAGGAUUGCUUUGAACUGAGCUACGGCGGGCUGGUGAUGCACUUUGACUACGUGUGGCUGCGGGACCACUGUCGCUCUGCCUCCUGCUACAAUGCCAAAACCAACCAGCGUAACCUGGACACAGCUAAUGUAGAACUCACCAUACGGCCAGUGAAGACCAGGGUGGACGAUGAGACGCUCUUCCUCACAUGGCCGGAUGGUCAUGUGACUCGGUACGCUUUGACCUGGCUAGCCCAGAACAGCUAUGAGGGCCAGAAGCAGAGUGCCAUACAGCCACGCAUCCUGUGGAAUGCUGAAAUCUACACCAACGCCAAGGUGCCCUCCGCCAGCUGGGAGAAGUUCAUGAGCUGCAACGAGGAGCUGAGGAGGUUCCUCAGCAACUUCCUGCACUACGGCAUCGCCUUUGUGGAGGACGUCCCAGCAACGCUAGAAGCAACGGAGAUAGCGACCCAGAGGGUCAGCCUCAUUAGGGAGACGAUGUAUGGCAGGAUGUGGAAUUUUACCUCGGAUUUCUCGCGAGGGGACACAGCCUACACCAAGCUGGCGCUUGAUCGCCACACUGACACUUCUUACUUCCAGGAACCGUGUGGGAUCCAGGUGUUCCACUGCCUCAGACAUGAAGGUACAGGUGGGAGGACGCUGCUUGUGGAUGGCUUCUAUGCCGCAGACAAGGUGCUCCAGCAGACGCCGGACAACUUUGAGCUUCUGGCCCGGGUGCCCAUCAAGCACGAGUACAUUGAGAACAUGAGCGACCACUGCAACCACAUGAUCGGGAUCGGCCCCGUGCUUAAUGUCUACCCCUGGAACAAUGAGGUGUACAUGAUUCGGUACAACAACUAUGACCGUGCUGUGAUCAACACGGUCCCCCAUGAAGUGGUCCAGCGCUGGUAUGUGGCUCACCGACACCUGACCACAGAACUGAGAAGGCCCGAGAACGAGCUCUGGGUCAAGCUCAAGCCAGGAAAGGUUCUCUUCAUUGACAACUGGCGGGUCCUGCACGGCCGAGAAUCCUUCACAGGCCUCCGUCAGCUGUGCGGGUGCUACCUGACCCGAGAUGAUGUUCUGAACACGGCCCGCUCUCUUGGGCUGCAGGCCUGAGAUCGGCAGGGUCGGCACAGGGCUUCUAACCACACCAAAGCACUCUCCAAUCAAAGCGAAGCCUCACCCGACAUACACCAGCAUACACCCCUCUCCCCCCAAAUCCAUCAUGGAGAAAUAACUGUAUACCAUUACAUGGUCUUUUUAAAAUUUUGUGAAGACAAAUGCCGUAGGGAAUGUAAUAUGCUUUUUUGUAGUACAGUCUUAACUUGCUUCCUGCGAAGCAUCAUUUUCUAAAUCAAGUAGGACAACAGCGAAAUUGCUCUUUUCCGACAUAAGAUGUACAGUCUCCUUAAGUGAAUACCACAUCUGAAACAGACAGUGUCACGCAACUAGGGGAGUAGUGCUGUGCUUUUAGAUGGAGGCAGUGUAGUCAGCACAUUACAGCAGUUCUGUAAACUGCUCACAAAUUAAGACUUGUAGGAAAAAGGUAUUGGCGGUAUUGUGCCUCAAUUAUGAGUUGUUUGACUUGCAUUUAUUGGGCCCAAAUCUGUACACUCGUUUUCCUGUUGCUGACGUGAACCUGUCUCAUGUUAACUGUCUGCUGUCCAUGAAAUACUGUAUGGAAGCAAAAUGCUGUCAUGUGAAAGAUGCAGGAAAAAAAUGCUACAGUUUUAAUCAAUGUGUUGACUAAGCUAUAGAGCUGAUGGCAGAGUCAUGUCGAUAAAGUGAUGAGCUGCUUUUC